AUGUCCAACUUUGUCCAAGAUUUCCAAGAUGAUGAUGACGAGCAAUUCCCCACCACUACACUCAUGCAAGCAUCACAUGGAAGUCCUGAAAAUUCCAUUCAUCCUACAAAUUCAGAUCCUGAAGCGGAAGUUGUGGCCUUGUCUCCAAGGACUCUAAUGGCCACAAACCGCUAUAUAUGUGAAGUUUGCCAUAAAGGAUUUCAGAGAGAUCAGAAUCUUCAACUCCACAGGAGAGGUCACAAUUUGCCAUGGAAGCUAAAGCAAAGGCCAGCCAACAUUCAAGUGAAGAAGAGGGUGUAUGUUUGUCCUGAGCCAAACUGUGUGCACCAUGAACCUACUCGGGCUCUAGGUGAUUUGACAGGCAUAAAGAAGCAUUUCUGUAGGAAGCAUGGGGAGAAGAAAUGGAAAUGUGACAAGUGCUCCAAACGUUAUGCUGUACAGUCCGACUGGAAGGCUCAUGCCAAGAUCUGUGGCACACGUGAAUACCGUUGUGAUUGUGGCACCAUAUUUUCAAGGAAGGACAGCUUUGUCACCCACAGAGCCUUUUGCGAUGCACUGACGGAGGAAAACUAUAAAAUGAACCUAAAAGUUGGUGCAACUGGAGGAGUAUUACAAGAGCUGUCAGGAUCCUGCACAAACACAAACAUCAUGUCUAUUAGCAAUCAUGAUAAAUCGCUAUCUUUAAACUCCCACAUGUUGAAUGAUCAUAUGGAUACAAUGUUCAAUCAGAGAACAAUGCGACCAUGCUUCAGCUCUUCAGUAGUAGGUGCAAAUAACUCUCCCAUGGUUGCUUACACCUCAGCAACUGCCUUGCUACAGAAAGCAGCUGAGAUGGGUGCAAAGGUAAGUGAUAACACCAUCACCCCAAUUCUCUUAAGGGGAUUCACUGGCUACUCUACCAGUAGCUUUAACUCCUCAACCAUUAGUGUUCGCCAUGUUUCCUCCAUGGAUAAUUGUAACAAUAGUGGCUUACAUGCUGUAAACCCAGAAUUAUUUGACAAGAACAUGGAGAUAGGUAGGAACGGUAGGACUGGUUAUGGUAUCAGUACUACUACUGAGAGUGGGUUAUAUGAUUCUUCUCUUCUUAUGCAUUCAUCAAAGGAAAAUUCUGGUAACCUCUUGGAAAGACAAGUAUUCAUGGGAGGUGGUGAAAGAACUACUGUUGAUUUCUUGGGGGUAGAGCCAGGAGGUCACUCGAGUCUUUGUGGGAAAAGAGACUAUGAUGUGAGCUUACCUUAUUCACAUGAGCACCAGAGUCUACACCAACAACAAUCAGAUUGUCAUAGGACCACCGUUCUCUUAUUCAAUAAAGCAAGGAUUCCUUUCGCUUCGAGUGAUGCAUCAAGCAACUUGCACUACCAAAAUUACCCUCUUUUUCGGCGACAACUCCGCCGGAAAUUGGUUUUUCCGGCGGAUUUGUCCGCCGGAAAGAGGGCGCCGGUGAUUCGUUUUCCGUCGAGUUUUCCGGCGGAUGCUUUAUUUUUCCAGCGGAUUCCGGCCGUCGGAAACCUUUCGCCGACUUAA